CUGCCACUCCCAGAGACUAUGGGGAAAGUCGUCUUCUCCCUGCUCCUCGCCCUGCCUCUGGUGACCCUCGGGGCCUCCUCAGAUAAAAAGGGUCUGCUUUGAGCUGGGAUGGCCAAACCGGAACCCGGGCUCCUCGGGAGGGCUUCCCAGGGACUUAUAUAACUUCCAAAACCCAACGUUAAGAGAAUGGUGAGGAACGGGGAUGCCGAGGUCAAGGCCAGAUCCGUCACAAGUGCUGGCUAAUUUUGGAUGUCCCAUUUGUGAGGCCAAGGGUCUGGUUUGUCAGAGAACUUGGUUCUUGAGAGCACUUUCCACGCUCGAAGCCCAGCUCCCACUGACCGCAGCAGUGAGGGCCCCGCCCUUCUGCGAAUCUCACCCACGUCGUCUCGAGUCAGGCACCCAGAAAAUGAGAGCGCACUGGGGCUCUCGGUGACAAGGCUGGCGUAGGUGACUUGCCCAGCAUCACAUGGGACCCGUGUGGCAGAGGCAGGGACAGAAUCUCAUCCCCGGGGCAGCAUUCAGCUGUCGCCACCAUGAGACUGUCCUCUCUCUUCCUGCAGUCCCCUGCCUCAGUCACUCCGCACCUUCCAGCUUCUGCAACAAAGGAGGCAGGGGUCCUACGGCUCAUUCCCUGCACUGCCCCAGAGCAGUGCGUCCUGUCUGGAUUGUGGAGGAAUGAGCUGGGCUCUAACAUGACCAUCUCUGCCGUGAACGCCGAGGGGGGAUUCACCGGUUCGUACCUCACGGCGGUGACGGCCACCGACAAACGCAUCCUGGUGUCUCCCCUGAAGGGGUCCCAGAACCGCAAGAGCCAGAGGAAGCAGCCGACCUUUGGCUUCACCGUGAGCUGGACUUUCUCAAACUCAGUGACCGUCUUCGUGGGCCAGUGCUUCAUGGAUGAUAACGGGGAGGAGAUUCUGAAGACCAUGUGGCUGCUGCGCCAGGAGGUCAGAUCCCCCAGCGCCGACUGGAAAGCGACCAGGGAAAGGCUGGACAAGAACCAAAGGCUGGAAGCUGAAGCCGGACAAAUUCCCAUCAGAAAUAAGGCCCAAAUGUUUAACCCUUGGAGCAAAGGGCCCAGGGCAGUGCUGGGUUCUCCAGCUCCUCACGGGCUUCAGAUCAAACCCGGCUGCUUUUCUGGAAGAUGCUUCAGCCAUUCGCGAGUUACUGGGCUCAGGGUGGGGGGCAGCGUGGCUGGCCUGUGCUGCACAGAUCAGACUGGAUGAGCUGAUGGUCCCUUCUGACUAAGGGGUCGGCACAAAUGUUUUCACCCGGAUCAAGUGAUGGAACGUAGGUGAAUCUGUGAGGAGCGACGGUGCCCGGUGACCCAGCAGCACCGUGACCCCACUCUGCAGCCCCAGGGCUCCUGGUCCCCCCGUCUGGAAUUGUCUGAGAUCUCUCGAGAGCGUCUCGCCCGGUGUCAGGGCUGUUUGCUGGGCUGCAGAGGCGCUGUCUCUGUCUCC